UUAAAAUAGUUCACUCUUUACAUUUCAACGCCAUUUCUUCUGCGAAAACUAGAUUUCUACACCAGCAGCUUCUAUUUUUUUUUUUGGAUUCUUCGCCGGGAGAUAUGGCUACGGCCAAGUUUGAGGUCGAGAGAAGUGAUGAUAUACAGCUGAAACGUCUCGGUUUCGUUAGGUUUCUGGCGAUCAACGCGGCUGUUGUGGUGACGAAUCUAUACGGCUACGCCAAGGAGAAUUCCGGCCCGCUGAAAUCCACCGUCGGGAAGGUCGAGAACGCCGUCAUAGCCGUUGUUGGCCCCGUUUUCGAGAGAUUCAAAGACUUUCCUGGUGAUCUCCUCGUUUGUCUCGACAUUUUGGUGGUUGAAGCAAGCUUGAAAUUCGAAGAAUGUGCUCCCGCUGCUGCAAAGAGCGCGGCCUUAAAGGUUCAGUCUGUGGCAAUUGAAGCAUCGCGGCUCGUGCAAGAGCUCGUUGAGGAAGCUAAAGUAGAGGGUCCAAUUACAACCAUUUCCCAUGCUGCGAAAAUCUCAAAGGAUGUUGCAGUGACUGGAUUGGCUGUGGCAUGGUACAAAGCUAACCGGUUCCCCGCCCUGCACGGAAUCUUGAAGAUAGCUGUCCCCACAGCCACACAUUGGUCGGAGAAGUACAACAGCGCGGUCGUGGAUUUGGCUGCGAAAGGUUACACUGUUUUCUGUUAUGCUCCUUUAGUCCCUGUGGAGGAAAUGCAGAAGGCGUAUAAAAAGGUGGAGGCGGCAGCCAUUAAGAAGACGGGCUCGAUCAGCUCUAGUGACUCGGACAAGGAGGAAUAGGUUGAGGGUUCUUGGUGAUGAGUAGCAAGUGUGCGUGUGUGUGUGUGAGAUAUGUAUUUGCCUGUAAAUAAUUCAUUUCUGGAUGCAAACUUGUUAGUUUAAUUGUGAUGUGUGUUUCUUGCAGUGCAUUUGAGUGAUGCUAAUGCAAAAUUCCUCCUUUUGAA